AUGCACAAAAUUUUACACAGUUUCCACACUUUGGGUCCACCAUGCAGCAGAUUGACAUUUGUCAAGCCCAGCAAAAAGCCCAGCAAAAAGCCCAGCAAAAAGCCCAGCAAAAAGCCCAGCAAAAAGCCCAGCAAAAAGCCCAGCAAAAAGCCCAGCAAAAAGCCCAGCAAAAAGCCCAGCAAAAAGCCCAGCAAAAAGCCCAGCAAAAAGCCCAGCAAAAAGCCCAGCAAAAAGCCCAGCAAAAAGCCCAGCAAAAAGCCCAGCAAAAAGCCCAGCAAAAAGCCCAGCAAAAAGCCCAGCAAAAAGCCCAGCAAAAAGCCCAGCAAAAAGCCCAGCAAAAAGCCCAGCAAAAAGCCCAGCAAAAAGCCCAGCAAAAAGCCCAGCAAAAAGCCCAGCAAAAAGCCCAGCAAAAAGCCCAGCAAAAAGCCCAGCAAAAAGCCCAGCAAAAAGCCCAGCAAAAAGCCCAGCAAAAAGCCCAGCAAAAAGCCCAGCAAAAAGCCCAGCAAAAAGCCCAGCAAAAAGCCCAGCAAAAAGCCCAGCAAAAAGCCCAGCAAAAAGCCCAGCAAAAAGCCCAGCAAAAAGCCCAUGGGGCAGCCAACUUAA